AAUCCAUAAGUAAAUAUCAAAUCUACACAUAAUUAGGUUAUAAACCAGCAGUCGACGAUAAGCUUUGCCGAUUAUGCUGUCAUCGACAAUCCCUAUAAUACAAUCUUUAAUUCGGUGUUUUAUGUAGUAUUUGUGAAAUUUAUGUAUAUGACAUUAACAUAGCAUCGCAAAUGUGCUAUUUAUAUCAAUUUCCUAAAGUGGAUGGGGCGAGAAACCCAAGCUUGCGACGUGUCUAAUGGCGGUGACGGAGGAUUUCGCGCGCGAUUGUGACGGAUUCGUGGCAUUUAUUUUACCUGCUGACUUCAAUAUUUUCAUUAUUUUAUGACUUAAAUGCAUAAUUAGUAUAUUCCCUUAAUUAUAAAUCUAGGAAACUAUAACAUUUUUCGCUUAUUAUUGCUCUAAAAUGACUCUGAAAAAAAUUCUCCCGCCAACCAGCAGGGGGCACGCUGUCUUUUCGAAAGCUAAAAUAGCUGUCUUAACGUGUUUUAUUUCGAUAUUUUUUGUAAUGUUAGUCUUCUAAAACCUCUGAAUUUCUAUAUGACGAAGACAAAAAUGAAAAUUUGUCUCCAAUUAAAUUUGUCAACUGACAUAACCCUAUUUUGCGGUUUCGACAUGACAUGCGGCCAUACGGAUCCCGUGCCAGCUGAUUUUUCGCCUCUACGAUGGCUCAAACUAGCAGCACCAGUGAAGGACAUAUAAAUAGGCCAUGCUUCAAAAGGAAGAGAAAUUCAUCAGACGAUGAGGAGGUGGAGAAUAUGCCACCCCUCAAGAGAUCACCCAAAAUAGAGGAGCUUAUUGACUUGCCAGCGCACAAUGUUGUUGUUGAAUCUUCAUCAUGCUCUAGUGAUGAUGAUGGAUCACACUUUGAAAACAAUGAGCAGCCCAGGAGUGUGUUCACAGAUGUAGAUUAUAACCCAGAUACCUUUUUAAGCCCACCGAGUAUACCUGAACUUCCUAAUUAUGUUUUGAGUCCUUUAGAAAAUGUAGCCAGAGGUGACUCUACACCACACUCCAACAAAAGGCCAAGUACAAGUAAAUACCAAUAUCCCACACCACCGAAAAGAAAAUGUCCCCUCCCUGGACUGUAUUGGGCGGACCAGAAUGAUCUGUGGAAAAGUAUGUGUGAGGGAGAUGCCAGAUCCAGCAUGAGGAGAAAUCCUAACAUGUUUGACAAUCAUCCUAACUUACAACUGAGGAUGAGAGCUAUAUUACUGGACUGGCUGAAUGAGGUAUGCGAAGUGUACAAACUGCACCGGGAGACGUUCCACUUGACGGUGGACUACAUCGACCGCUACCUCUCACAUACCGAUGACUUGCCCAAGAGUCGCCUCCAGCUAAUAGGUAUAACGUGUUUAUUCAUCGCGGCGAAAGUGGAAGAGGUGUACCCGCCUAAAGUGAGCGAGUUCGCGUACGUGACGGACGGCGCGUGCACCACGGAGGAGAUCCUGCUGGAGGAGCUGCUGAUCCUGAAGGUGCUGUCGUGGAGCAUCACGCCGCUGACCAUCAACGCGUGGCUGAACGUGUACAUGCAAGUGUCGAGCGAGGCGCGCGGCGCUAAGCGGCGGCUCAUCGGCGAGAGCGAUGUCGCGGCGAACGCGCUGCGCGGAUAUACCUUCGUGUUCCCGCAGUACUCCUCGCUGGAGUUUGUGGUGUGCGGCCAGCUGGUCGACCUCGCCGUGCUGCAUGUCGACGUCAACAGGUUCGCCUACAGCACGGUGGCCGCCGCGGCGAUGGCACACGCUUUCAACAAGGAACUCGCUAUGAGGGUGUCGGGCUACAGCUGGGAGUCGCUAGCAGCGUGCUACUCGUGGCUGGGCCCGUUCGUGUCGGUGGUGCGCGCGGCGGGCGGCGCCAGCGUGGUGCGCGGCGGCGACGGCGAGUUUGUGCAGCGCGCCGCCGGCCUGCAGCUGCUCUGCCCCAGCCUCAACCGCGACGAGAGCCACCGCAUACAGCACCACAACGUCACGCUAGACAUGUUUGACAAAGUAUACCAAUUACUAACGGAGAAUGAAGCAGAGGUCCCAGAACAGACAAGCAGUACAGAAAGUACAUGUACAGAGAGUGUGGCGGAGGUGUACCCGCCCACGCCGCCGCUGUCCAAUCAGAAGACGCCGGGCACGCCCUCCGCCACGCCCAGCGCCGCGCCCCCCGCACGCCCCGCACCCGCACUGCACGCACAACUAUGAACUGCUCGGUUAUAUCUCUUAUUGUAAAUAUAUUUCUAAAUAAACGCCUACAUUUUGUAAACAUGCUGCUUUAAAAUGUGGAUUAAAGUGUAUGGGAAUUUCAGAAUUUUUAGCGUAAUUAAGAUGUAUCCAAUGUUUACAAAAUAUAGGUUUUGGAAAAAGGGAUAGGAAGUACCUCAGUAGACGUCAAGAUCUGACAUUAGUUGAAGGACGAUUGCUUAUGUUUUGUUAUGAGAUGUUUAAAUGUUGAAAUGGUUUUAGAUUAGAUCAAAAUUGAUGAAAGGUUUUUGUAAUAAUUACUAUUUAAAAAUGUCAAAUAUCUAGACUUUGUAGUUUACGUCUGUUAAAAGUGUAUAUACACAUGUAUGAAAAAUAAGUACAUAGUAAAAAGUACAUAAGUUUACACUCUUUAGGGUUACAAGAUUCAAAGGUUAUUUUUAAUCUGGAUAAAAUCCCGAGAAAAUAAGAUUAACAAUGCAUGCAAGAGUGAAAUAAUAUGAUUUCAGCUUAUAUUAAUAUACUAAUAAGUUAAUAUAAUUUAAGUGUUCAUACUAAUUACAUUUUCUCGGAAUUUGAAAAGAUAUCCAGUUGACUUAAAACCUAUUUUAAAAUUGGACAAAAUAUUUGACCAUACUUUCAUAUCAUAUACAUAUCAGUAAUGCGAAAAAUUAUCAUAAAUGGUUUACUCAAUUUUUUCGGAUUUUUAGUCGGGUAGAGUGAAAAUUCGAACAAAUGACUAGGCAAAAAUCUUAGGCUGGCACUAAGUCAUUAGUAUACAAAAAUGAUUUAACAUAUCAAUGUUAAUAAAGGCUAGAUUUCCUCACAUUAUUUAUUUAAAAAAAACAUUAUUGGUGAAAGGAAUUUAUGAAAACUGUUUCAUUGAAAUAAAUCUAGAUUUAAAUAAUUUACUAUGUAUUUAUGGAUGCUUUUUGUAAUGUAUGCAAUCUUUAGUAAAUAAUGCGAUAAAAAUGCAUAAUUAAAAAUAGGUUAUUACGAUAAAUUAGUUUGAUAUAUUUAUUUAUAAAAAUUAAUAGCGAAAACGUUAAGUUUAUUUGAAAGUA